UUGAUUAGUCGCCAAAGUUCACUACCAACACUGACAGCUUUUAAUGUUUCCAACACCACCGGCACUCUUCCUCUUCUUGCGUUGUGGCAACACGAGAUUCAUAUUCCGAUUCCAGAUAUCGGCAAUUAUCAUCACAUAUAGCUGCAGACCCUCCAGCGAUGCAUCCCGAUCUCACAGAGCGCAUUCUUCAACACCUGGAGACCGCCGACCAGGUGGAUACUCUGGACCUGGCCUCCCAAUUCGCCGUAGACCACCAGAAGAUCGUCGGCGCCUUGAAGAGCAUUCAAGCGCACGGAGAACUGGUCACCGCUGAGGUGGCUACCCACAAGAGCCUCGGUCUCACCGACGAGGGCCUAUCUGUAGUGGAGCAUGGUAGUCACGAAGCGCUUGUUCACGCUGCCGUUCCGGAGGAGGGCAUUACCCAGGCGGCUCUGAUGACAGCUGGGGGUCCCAACGCCAAGGUGGGCUUCAGCAAGGCCAUGUCCCACGGAUGGAUUCUGGUGGACAAGACUGUCACUCCGCCUCUGGUGCGCCGCAAGGUGGAAAAGAUUACGGAUUCGGUUAAGGAGCAACUCAAGCAGGUGGCUGCCGGCAAGGGCGAUGCUUUGCCCUCAAAGGAAGUUACUGAUUUCAAAAAGCGCAAGCUCCUCCAAGAAACCACCACCAAAAGCUUUGUACUCAGACGUGGUCCGGAAUUCGCGACCACCCUGACAAAAUUGGAGACGGAUCUUACUGUCGAAAUGCUUUCCAGCGGGCUGUGGGAGCAGCUGAAGUUCAAGUCAUAUAACUUUGAUGCCUUAGGUGCCCCGCCAUCGCGCGGUCAUCUGCAUCCGUUGCUGAAAGUACGCACUGAAUUCCGGCAGAUAUUCCUCGAGAUGGGCUUCUCCGAAAUGCCCACCAACAAUUACGUGGAAUCGUCUUUCUGGAACUUUGACGCCUUGUAUCAGCCGCAGCAGCAUCCGGCGCGCGAUGCCCACGACACUUUCUUUGUGAACCAUCCCGCUAAAAGCCAUAAGUUCCCGCAGGAUUAUCUGGAGCGGGUAAAGAAAGUUCAUUCAGUUGGUGGCUACGGAUCGAAGGGAUACGGCUACGACUGGAAGUUGGAGGAGGCACAGAAGAAUCUACUGCGCACCCACACUACGGCCGUGUCGGCGAGGAUGCUGUAUAAACUUGCAAACCAGGAGGGUGGCUUCAAGCCCGCCAAGUACUUCAGCAUAGACAAAGUGUUUCGCAACGAAACACUGGACGCCACCCAUCUGGCAGAGUUCCAUCAGGUGGAAGGAGUUAUUGCUGAUGUGGGCCUAACCUUAGGCGAUUUGAUCGGUACUCUCUAUGAAUUCUUCCGCAAGCUGGGCAUUACCCAACUCGAGUUCAAGCCGGCCUACAAUCCCUACACAGAGCCCAGCAUGGAAAUCUUCUGCUACCAUCCUGGACUGGGGAAAUGGAUCGAGGUUGGCAACUCUGGAGUAUUCCGCCCGGAAAUGCUACUGCCCAUGGGACUGCCGGAGAACGUUAAUGUGAUCGCAUGGGGCUUGUCACUGGAGCGUCCCACCAUGAUUAAGUACGGCAUUAACAACAUCCGCGACCUGGUGGGUCCCAAGGUGGAUCUGAAAAUGGUGGAGGAGGGCCCAAUAUGUCGGCUAGAUCAUGUUUAGAACCUUCGAUUAAAAUGUACAUUUUUUUAUACGAUUGUUCCAACCCAAAAAUAUUUAUAAAUAUAAAAACAAAAAAAUAUGGCUUCUGCGGUAAUAGUUUGAAUAUUUAGGUGUUAGUCAACACUAAUUGGGAACAGCUGUGUUUGUGAUGGCUAUCUCAUAGAUAGUUCAUAGAAAUUUCGUGGAAUUAAUCAAGCGAGCGAUACAAGCCUUAAGAAAAACAUUAAAACGUAUUUUAUUUAAUAAUCAUUAUUAAAAAUCUACGGACAAACAUAUGCCACGGACUUAAAUAUAUUUGCGGUCUGGCAGCUCCAGACGAUGUCAUCAACUACCACAAAGAAAGUUGGAAACAAUAACAAACAAGCAACCAAAACGAAACAACACAAAAAAUUUACUCUAAAACUGUCACUUUCUCGCACUGCCCGCUGGAGAAUACGGCAAAAUGGAAAGUAAUCCGACUCAAACCCUCCACCAGGCGAUCCAGAAGAAAUUUGGCUUGCCAAGUGCCUGCGAGGGUGCCAGUUCAAAAUUAUGUUGUGACCCUGAAACGAAUUCAAAUCCCCCACAGUUUAUCAUACCGCAGCUGAGGAUAGGUGAGGACCUAGGCACCCAGGAGCUGUUGCGACAAGCAUCGGAUGCACGGACCGAAAAACUCCUCAACGACAUUAAGCGUCGUCGUCAGUGCAGCGAAACCGAAAACAACACAUCUGGUUUUAUCAUCCCCAAGUUGGGAGCUGUUCCCGGAGAGCCUCUGGGAGAGACCAAGCUCAAUAUACCACUUCUGGCCCGUUUGGAGCAAAGUGUGGGCCAGUUACACAUUAGCAGCGGAGACGGUGACAGAGUAGGCGACACGAGGCUAGCGUCGAUGCCACAAACUGGUCCGACUCCCCUUAUUGACCUCACGUCUACGGUAAUAGCCGGCGUAAAGGAUGCACCGCCAAAGGAGUCCGCCACCAAAGCGAAGGAGAAGCAAAAGAGACGAAACACUGAAAACUUUGAGAUUCCAUUCAUUGCUUGUAAUCCUGUGCGUCGGUGCAAGCUUUCCGGAGGCUUGCUUGCCAAUCGAAGGCACUCCCUGCACGAUGAGAAUGUAGACGAGUCGGAGAAAGGGGAAAUCCUUGAAAUAAAAGAAGAGCCAAGUGCUGUUGGCAGCAUGCUUGACACCAUUGUGGGCUACCCAGAACCAAGACGACCUCAGCUUGAGUACGCCGUAACUAGUUUGGAGCGGCAGCACUUGAAGUUGUGUGUCCGGCCGGAUUAUGGCACUCAAAUAAAACGAUUCCGCUUCGACACACCUUCUCCGGACGAGCUGGUUAAGCAAGCGCUGCAAAAGUCCUGGCGCAUCUCGCGCACCUGACUCUAGUUUAAAAUAAGUUGACAAUUACCAAUUAGUAAACGAAAAAUAAAUGCAAUUAGGUCAAAACCAUUUCCAAUCGA